AUGAGAGAGAGCUUGGAUAAUGUAUCACCUCUGGAGCUGUUUGAGAAAUUGAUGAAUCCCAAUAUUUAUGAUUAUAUUGUAAAGGAGACAGUUCGCUAUGCAAGCUCAAGUAAGAAUAUGUGUGAUUUUACAUUCACUGUUGAUGAGCUGAAAAUAUUCAUUGGUAUAUUACUGUUUUCGGGAUAUCACAAAGUUCCUUCUGAGAGAGAUUACUGGUCAACUGAUAAAGAUCUUGGAGUCCAAAUCAUCCAGAAGGCAAUGUCAAGAAAUCGUUAUAAACUUCUGAAAAGUGUGAUACAUUUUUGCAAUAAUGAGGAAGCUAAAGACAAUACCCAUGACAAAGGGUUCAGAAUUAGAUCUCUAUUUUCACUAGUGAAAGAGUCAUUUCAGCAGUUUGGUGUAUUUGAAGAAUGUUUAUCAGUAGAUGAAAUGAUUGUGAAAUAUUAUGGCCACAACUCAUUAAAACAAUUUAUAAGAGGAAAGCCUAUCAGGUUCGGGUACAAACUCUGGGCUUUGUGUGGAGUUUCAGGUUACUGUUACAAUUUUGAUUUGUAUUGUGGAAAGACUUCUCAGGAUGAAGAUUAUGAGGGUCUGUUACUGGGAACAAAGGUUGUUUUGAAAAUAUUAGAAGCUGUAAAACACCCAAAUGCUCAUUCUGUUUUCUUUGAUAACUUUUUCACUGGGUAUGACUUGUUGGUUCAUCUUCGGAAUCUUGGCUAUCAAGCUACAGGUAUAAUAAGAGAUAACAGACUGAGCAAGUGUCCCUUACGGCCAACUAAUUUUAUGAAGAAAGAGAAAAGAGGGUCAUAUGAUUAUAUAUUUGAUACUAAUGAAGAAGUUAUGUAUGUUAGAUGGUCUGACAACAAGUGUGUAUGUGUUGGGACAAAUUAUGACACAAUUGAACCUGUCAGAAAUGUAGAGAUGGCAGAGUGA